AUGUCGAGCAGCCCGGCGCCUGCCUGCCCAACGUUUGACCCGCAGCAUCUCAACCUCCCUGACGCGGAGCCGGUGGGCUCCGGCGCUGUCUCGCAGGUUGUGCGCAGCAAACUCAACUUUCCCCCAUAUACGCCCAUAGCAGUGAAGAUCGUUUCGAAGGUUCAAUUGCUUCAGCAAAAUAAGACCAACUCAGCGAUGAACGAGAAACGGGCCCUUCUGGAGAUGGGACCACAUCCUUUUAUUGUCCGCCUUUUUGGUACGGCGCAGUCAACAGAUGAGUUGUACUUUGUAAUGGAGCAUCUCCCAAAUGGGGAUCUUCUGGAGCACAUACGAACCUGUGCUUCGCGCCAGACAAUUGAGGAACUUGGUGCGGAAUCCACAUCAGAUGCUUCUUCGCUGAGGGGGUCAUCACUUAAAGACACCGCCAUUCGUUGUUUAAACUUUCAUGACAUUCAGCUCAUAACGGCACAAAUUGUGAUGGGCCUUACGCGCGUCUUCAGGAAAGGUUUUGUCCUCCGUGAUCUCAAACCCGAAAAUAUUGUGUUUGAUCACAAGUACCGUGCAUGCUUGGUUGACUUUGAUACUGUGGAUGUGGAAGGGAUGUCUUUUCUCCCCAAGUCAAACGGUGGUGUCGCUUUGCCCGGGGGCGUCGCAGACGAUAAGAAGUGUAAAGCAAAGCGUCGGUUGACCGUUUCUGCUAUACGAGAGAUGCGGAAAAUGUCGGCCCAGUUUUGCGGCACGGCACAAUACGUUUCACCGGAAAUGAUUGGACAAUGUCAGUGGAGUUACAGUAGUGACCUUUGGGCAUUGGGGGCGAUUGUGUACGAGAUGGUGUACGGUGUACACAUGUUUGCAGGAUGUAAUACAUAUGCAGUGAUGAAGCGGGUGCUGGGAGGCGUUCAUUCGGGGAAUAUCCCCUUUCCAAACGUGAAUCUGGGGCCAGAGUCUGAUGCCCUUGACCGCGUUAAGGACUUUAUCUGUAGGCUUUGUCGCAUAAAUCCAACGGAGCGGCUGGGUGUCCAUCCCGUCACCGGACAGUUUGACGAGGAGGCAAUUCGGGGGCAUCCGUUUUUUGGAGACUUCUCCUGGAGCCUACUAGAUGAGCAGGUGCAGCACUACCGAGCUCCUGUUGUUUUGACAACUCCAUCGGAUUCAGGAUCGGUGCGCACACCAGCCGUACAAGGUCCUCUGCACCCGCAAUUGCUUGAUGAUGGCACGGCCUCUCUCAAGUCACGCUACCAUGUUCUUCCAGUUCACAGUAGGGAGUAUGCUGAGUAUGUAUUUGAGGCCACUGCUGACGCGAACCCAUUUGAACGAUGGAUGCAGACGAAAGUGGAGGAUCCAACCGGCGUAUCCGAUCAGGAAACAACUAAACACAAUGCAAGUUUUGUAGAGGACAUGCCAAUCGCCACACCCGUUAACGAUGGGGACGUUGAAGAAGAGAACUCGGACGAAUAUUCCGACGUUAUAGAUGACGUUGGGAUGCAGUUUUUUGGUGUGGUUCAUCCGGACUUUUUGGACAUUGCAUAG